AUGUCCUCCCCAGCGCCUUGGCGCAUAAUACUUGUUGAUUGGCCAUCCCAGCCCGACAAGAGCAACGAACACGCCCAGCAAGACCAUCCGAUGGCGAGGGUGCUGCUUAGCGGCGUGCGGAACUUGCGGUUCUUACAGGUUCGAGGCUUUGGGCUCGAUUGCUCCUGCUUGUUUCUCUUUUGCGAAACGAUCCAAUAA